UACGCGUGUCCUGUUCUUAUGUGACCCAGAUAUUCUAAUUGCAAUGUGUAUUAAAUUCGCAGUUUAAUACAUUGUUAGGUACAUAAAUAAUUCAGGUGCAGUUCAUGAUAAAAUGGAUCGUUGUCUGGGCGGGUAAUGUUGCGGCGCAAGUAUAUAAACCGUUCGUCCAACCCCAUUGCAAUCACAGGCAUUGAGUUCUUCUAAGCGCACCGCACUAGUUCAACAUGAAGGUCUUCGUAGCUGUCGUCCUCAUAGUUUCCAGCGUAUCAGCUGGACUACUCCCAGCGCCAUUAGGCUAUGCCAGCCCAUACGGCUUGACUGCCCCGCUUGCAGCGCCUCUCGGAGUUGCUCGACCGGCUUAUGCCGUCGCGAGGCCAGCGAUCGCACCCUACGCUGUAGCGAAGGUUGCGCCAGUUGAAGACUAUGACCCCAACCCUCAAUAUUCAUACGCCUAUGACAUCCAGGAUGCUCUUACUGGUGACUCCAAGAGUCAGCAAGAGUCCCGCUCCGGAGACGUAGUCCAAGGCUCCUACUCGCUCGUCGAACCCGAUGGCACCCGCCGUAUCGUGGAGUACACAGCCGACCCCCACAACGGCUUCAACGCGGUCGUCCACAAGGAACCCCUAGGAGCGGUUGUGAAGGCCGUAGCACCAGUUGCUGCCUACCACUACAAGUUCGCAAGGUCUGGUAGGUAUACGGUUGCCUGCAAUACGGAACAUACAAGUGAACGCCACGCUUCUAUAAAUACGGGCAAUGUUGCCCUCGCGGGCGCCUUUACUCCGAAUCUCUUUUACAAGAACAAUUGCGACAUGUUUCAGGCAGUGUUAAUGGCGUGUGUCCUGCAAGCGGUAGCAAGCAUAAUUGUGACGGAUCCACCACCGACGAGCACGGAGUACAAUUACGGGUACAACAUAGUCGACCCUUCAACCGGCGACGCCAAAAGCCAGCACGAGUUCAGACAAGGCGAUGUCGUCAGAGGCUCAUACUCUGUGGUGGAUCCAGAUGGAACAAAACGCACUGUGGAAUACACGGCCGACUCGAAACAUGGUUUCAAAGCUGUUGUCCGAAGCGAACCAGUAUUGCGCAAUUCAAUCGCGAAACGUCAUUAUAUUACCCAAUAUCCGAGCUUAGUACGAAGCCCUCGGAUACAUACUCCUUUUAGACACGCCUACCCAUAUCCUAUCCCGUAUGAAAGGAGACUAGAGCAACCGAUAUUUUCGACAAAUCAGUUCGUUGAGAGUGAGCAGUGUAUAAAAUCGCUGGUCCAACUCUUUUCUACAUCAUAUUUGAUCAUUCGCUCUUCCAUAACAGUUGCUAAAAUGUUCAAGUUCGUCGCUUUCACAUGUUUGGUGGCCGCAGCCAGUGCCGGCAUUGUCCCAGCUGGACAAAUCACCUACUCUGCUCCAGCAUACCAAGCGGCACCCGUAGCUUAUGCUGCCGCUCCAACAUAUCAUACCGCUCCGGUAGCUUACGCUGCUGCUCCAACAUACCACACCGCUCCAGUUGCUUACGCUGCUGCCCCGAAAGUCGCUUACUCCGCCCCUGUGGCCUACGCAGCACCAGUCACUAAAUACGCCGCCGUAGCUCCCGUAGCUAAGGUCGCCGUCGAUGAAUACGACGCAAACCCACAAUACAGCUUUGCCUACGAUGUACAAGAUGGUGUAACCGGUGACUCUAAGAGCCAGCACGAAACCCGGGAUGGUGAUGUUGUACAGGGCUCCUACUCUGUAGUUGACCCCGAUGGAACCAAGCGUACGGUUGACUACACUGCUGACCCACACAACGGAUUUAACGCGGUUGUACGAAAGGAGGCUCUUGGCGUGAAGGCUGUUGCUGCACCUGUCGCGUACGCUGCUCCCGUCGCCAAGCUUGCUCCAGUAGCCCACGCUGCGCCCGUGUCUUAUUCCGCUCCAGUUUCAUACGCCGCCCCGCUUGUCCACUCUGCUCCGGUGGUACACCAUGCACCUGUUGCGUACUCAUCCCCUGUUUACCACCAUUAA